GUUGUAAGAUAUCAAUUGUUUAUUUUAAAACAAUUAAAAAUAAAGUGACGUGAUUCAGAUUAAUAAAAUUUCAGAACAGCUAUUUAACAGCUGUAACUGUUAGUAGCGGUGAUCAUAACCUAGGCAUGGGAGAAAUAUUGCAAAUUCAAGUGGGUCGUUGUGGCAAUCGGAUUGGAGACAAUUUUUGGAAAAUCAUAUCUAAUGAACAUGGACUUGAUGAGGAAGGUAAAUUUUCCGGUUAUUCUUCGGAUGAACAGUUGGAGCACAUAAAUGUGUAUUAUGAUGAAUCUCAAGGUGGAAUUUACGUGCCUCGCGCGGUGCUUGUUGAUUCGGAUUCAGCGUUAUUGUUAAAUACGAUUGGAAGGCGGCGGUGUGGUGGUAACGCAUACAGAAAGCAAAACUUUGUUGGCGGACAUGGUGGAACUGGAAGUAACUGGGCCAGAGGCUAUUAUGGUAGCAGUGAAAUAUUGAGUCUUAUCGAGGACACUAUUCAGUCGGAAGCAGAGCGGUGUGAUCGGCUCCAAGGGUUUCAGUUGGUGCACUCGAUGGGCGGCGGCACUGGCUCCGGUCUGGGGGGACGCGUGCUGGACCACGUACGAGUGUCGUACCCAAACCAGGUGGCUCACACGUACAGCAUAGCACCGUGGAUGACCGUGUCGGACGAGCCUACCGAGUCGUACAACGUAUUGCUGUCUGCGGCCCGGUUGGUCGGCGACGCACAUGCAACAUAUCUGGCAGACAACCGGGCGCUGUUUGACACAUGCUGUAGUAGUGGUAAUAGAGGUGGAGGUGCAUCCGCCAUCCCCGCGUACGCUGAUCUCAACCACCUGGUGUCGCAGAUAAUGUCUGGCACGACGACCGGACUCCGGUUCUCCAGCAAGUUGAACGCCGACAUGAGAAAGGGCACCGCCAACCUAGUGCCGUAUCCAAGAUUGCAUUUUUUUGUUCCAGGAUUUGCACCAUUCACGUUUCGUGGGCAAACAGACACGGGCAUGUACACUAUUUCCGAACUGGCCACACAGCUGUUUGGAGUAGUACGGCAGCAGCGGCGUUGCACUGGUGCCGAUACCAUCGAGGCUGUCGUAAUGGCCGCCGUCAUGACUUUUCGGGGCAGAGGCUUAGAGACGGACAGCAGUGGUGGCAUACCACUGCAGCCGGCUACAGGAUGGAUUUCUGACCCAGAACGUUGUUGGUUACCAGACAACCUCAAGACUUUUAGUUACAGUGUACCGUCUCACGGACUUCAGAAUAGUGGCACGGUAGUGGCCAAUACGACAGCGGUGAGGGACGUAUUCGAACGAUACUGCCAGCGAUUCGCAUCAAUGUUGGCAAAACGGAAGCUGUUGCACAAGUACACUGAAGAGGGGAUGGAUUCCGAUGAAUUCCGAGUUUCGUUAGAACAGAUCGAAUCGCUACUAGCCGAAUACUUGGCGAUCGAGCAAAUCAACUGCAGUGGUGACGAUAACGGUGACAAACAAUCAUUUACAAGUACGAGCUGCAUGGUUACGUCAUCGACAGUUGAUGAAUGCAAGUUAUCGGUGAAUUAA